CUGCACGGUAUGGUUUCGAUGCUAAUUGACCAAUACUCUUCCACGCUCGCGCCAUUCUAUUAGCUUAUUACCCCGAGUUCAGGUUUGAUCACGACUGCUGCCGCAUUGCCAAAGCCCCUGCUACCUACCGUCUCUCGGCAUAUGCAUGCUUCCACGCUGCGUUGGAUUUGCGUGUUCGUGAUCUGGCAUCAUCACGAGGUGUACUAGUUAUGAGCACUUGCGAUAACUAACUCCGUUGAUCGGGCCGUAGUAUGCACGGUUUCAUGGUUGCCAAGAAAAGAACGAUGGUGGUAGGAAUGGAAAUUAUAACGCAUGCUAACUUGGAUCCGAUCACCUGUCCGACGUACUGGAGAAGAAUUUUGACGAACGAGUUUGUCGAGGACAUACAAUUGUCUUGACUUGUUGUAUUUGAAGAGCUCUUAUGCGAUUGGCUUGAUCUAAAGCAAAGUGAUUAUUAGACAUGGUGUUGUAUCUGGAACCCACGAUCUUGUCAUGGCGACAUGAUUCAAAAACAGUCUUUCUCAAACCACUCAGCUCGUUGCCUCCCGAGCAGCAAACCAUAGAUUCUUUGUGGUUUCUGGACCUCGAAGUCUUCACUUCAAGCCAUGACGACCCCCCAGACCACAGAGAUACGUCAGCACUCAUCCUGGACCCAAGUUCUGAGGAACUCGCGGAGACGUUCGCGAAUCUCUUCGACACUCUCACAGCAGAUGGUUCCUCGAAUGGACAUAAUGAUACCGACGCCCUUCCAACCAUACUUCGACUCGUAUUCAGCAAAACCUCAGGCUUUGCAGCACGUUCCGAUUUCCUCGAAUAUCGACUAAAGGGAACGCCUCACGUCACUCUCGCCCUAUCAUUCCUAUCCCCUCUAUCCAAAAUCCAAGCCAUAAACCCAAAGCAAAUAGACUUCUCAACCCUCUUCACCAACUCCAUCGGCGCCAUCGUCCUCCGCCCCUCAACCCCAUCCCCCACCCUCCUCGACGACCUCUCCCACGCCCUCACAGCCCGCCUCUCUAUCCCCUUCAUCCUCCCCACACCACCAAUCCGCUCCCGCAUCUUCUGGGUCCAAGGCCGCGCAGACAUCGAAUCCAGCAUCCAAUUCUACACCGCAGCCCGCGCCCUCGGCAUAACCCUCGUCGUCCUCGACCAACCGGGCCACUGGCUCGAAUCCCCCACCGGACCCUAUGCACACUACCGCGAAGCCUUCAUCCCCGUGAGCGUCGACGGCGACGCGGGUCUCACGGCACGGAUCGUCGACGCCGUGAGGGCGUAUCCGGAGAAGGUGGAUGGGAUCGUGACGAUCAGCGAUGUGCGGUUGCCGUUUGUGGCGGCGGCCUGCGAGACCCUGGGACUGCCGACGGAGGCGGCGGAGGCGUAUUGGGUUGCGGGGGAUAAGGGGAGGACGAGGGAGCUUGAGGAUGCGGCGGCGGGGAGAAGGGAUGGGGUGGUGCUUGGGGGUGCGGAUGAAGUGGAGGGGUGGUUGGAGAGGGAGGGGAGUGGAUUGAGGUUUCCGUUGGUGGUGAAGCCGUGUAGUGGCUGGAAUAGCGAUUGCGUGGCGAAGGUUGGGAAUGUCGAUGAGCUUCGCGAGGCGGUGCUGAGGGCGUCGACGAGGCAUGCGAAGUCGCCGAGUAGCAGUACGAAGGUGGUUGUGGAGCCGUAUAUCGAUGGUCCGGAGAUCGAUGCUAAUUUCAUCGUUCUGGAUGGCAAGGUGCUGUUCUGCGAUAUCUCAGAUGACUUCCCAUGCUCAGGGGACGGGGAGACAGGCAUUGCGGGAGCGGCGAACUUCAUGGAAACGCUCAUGGAUGUACCGACGGCGUUGCCCGCUGAGGAAAAGGAAAUGCUCAGGGAGUCGUUGACGAAAAGUAUCUCUCGUCUUGGUUUCCGCUCCGGCAUAUUUCACUGCGAAGCGCGUGUCAGAGACUCCCGCACACAAUAUCAGAGGGAUGAUGACGGAAUUGUGGACCUGCAUGUAGCAGAUCAUGUCGAAGGGACGUCAAGUCCAACAUGCUAUCUCCACGAAGUCAACGCGCGAUCACCCGGGUACAUUAAUUGCGUGGCUGCUCUCCUCGCAUACGGUGUCGACUACUACGCCGUUAGACUCCUCCUAAGCCUAGGUUCUCGAGAGAAUGAUCGAGUGAGGUUACUCUCCCAGCCGUUCCUGAAUGGAAAGCCGCAAUAUGUCCUGGGCGUCGUUGUUCUUCCGCCGACCAGGGCGGGCAUCAUGGCGUCGAGCGACGCUGUGGGGGACUUUCUGGUGGAGAAUCCUGGUUUGCGGGAACAUGUUGUGCAUCAUCAGGUACUAAGGAAGAAGGGCGAGUUCGUGGAGGGCCCGGACUCGAAGGAGUUGUUGGCUGUGGGAUACAUCAUCGUGGCAAGUAGGAAAGGGAGGAGGGAGUGCCUCCAGCUCGCAAAGGAGAUACGGGAGAAAUUCUCGUAUAGGUUG